UUAAUGAAAGCAAGCUGGUGGGGCUAGCCUCUCUCAGUUGGUGAGCUUGAGGCUGGCUGGCUGGCUGACUGACUGGAGGAAGGGGAGGCGGGCAGGAGGGCAGGGGGGCAGAGGGGCAAGGGCCCGGGACCAGCACCCUGCUCCUAGUCUAGGACUCCAGAAAGCUCCCCAUCCUUGGCUGCUGGGCUGUGGGAUCUCAUCCAGCCUCAGUCGUGGGGACCCAGGCAUCCUGAAACCUCCCUUUGCAGCUCCUCUGACGAGGAAAUUGAGGCAAAGAGGGUGAACUAACUUGCCCAGGGCCACACAGCUGAUUUCCUCCCCAGGCCUGUUGAGAAAAUGGCCCCGUUGGCGACCAGUAGCCUUCUAUUGCUCCUGCCCCUCCUUUGGGCCCCGCCCAACACUGCCCACUCAGUGCUGGUCCAGGCUGCCCUCCUGGAGGACAGUGGGGGCAGUGGAGAGAUGGAGGGCUCUUCAGCUUCCUCCCCCAGCCUCUCCCCGCCCCACACCCCGGCCCUCAGUCCCACCUCAGUGGGGCCUCCACCCACUCCUUUGGCAGGUCCCUCACCCCCAACCAACUUCCUGGAUGGGAUUGUGGAUUUCUUCCGGGAGUACAUGCUGCUCAUCGCUGUGGUGGGGUCCCUGGUCUUCCUGCUUCUCUUCAUCAUCUGUGCUGCUGUCAUUGUCCAACAGAAACACAAGGCCUCGGCCUACUACCCAUCCUCCUUCCCCAAGAAGAAGUACGUAGACCAGAACGACAGGACCGGAGGCACCCGGGCCUUCAGCGAGGUUCCUGACAAGGCCCCGGAUGCCCACCCGGAAGAUGCAGCCAUGGACUCUUCCCGCCAGCUCCAGGCUGACAUACUGGCUGCUACUCAGAAUCUCAAGUCUCCAACCAAGGGGCCCCUGGCCAAUGGAGAUGGAGUCAAAAUGGAGGAGAAGGAGGGAAGUAAGAAGGAUGAGGAGGCAGAGAAGGCUGAGGAGGAAUCCCAAGGUCAGGGUAGCCCCAAAGAGAUACCCGAGGCCCCCUCAGGGGAGGCUGCAGAGCUGAGUUGUCCAUCAGGGGCUGAGGCCAGAGCAGAAGAGCCACCAGCAACUGGGAUGGACCAUGGUGAGCAGGAGGGUGCUCUCUCGUUACUGCAAGAAGCUAGGGAGUCCCCCAGUCUCCCUGUCCCUGAGGGUUCUUGUGCGUGCCCCAGUUUUUCUCCAACGGUGGAGGAAGCUGCUUGACUACCUUCGAUGAACCAGGGCCACUCACUCUUCCAGACUGAAGCACAACUCUGUCAACCAGCUGGCCUCCAGAGACUCUAUUCUCCCCUGGCCCACGAGACCCAGGCAGAAGGGUUGGCUCUGUGAGUCGGCCUAUGGAUGAUUGGACACGGACAUGUUGCCUGUGCUCUCAGCUGACUUGGUUACAUCAGACGGUUCCCCUAGAGCCUUGAACAUCCAAUCCAAACUGUCUGGGCCUGUCUGGCUGGGGCCCUAGCUGUCUCCACUCUACUUCCAACCAAGCAGCCCCCAGAAAUCUCAGGACUUUUUUUCCUCUGGCUUCCCCAGACACCCACCCAGAACCAGACUGUGCUGACUCAGCUCCCCCUAAUGAUAUAAGGGUCUAACUUCUUUUCUAAAGACUCUUUCUACUUUAGCUAAACCCAUAGGUAGCUUGCCAUCGGCUUUGAUCGCUUCACUUGAGGCUUAUAUCUUCCUGCGGAGGACAGUGCAUAAGAAAUAGAGAACAAAGUGGAGGAACUUUCUGUUGGCUUCAUUCUUUGUUCUUCCUCCAAAUACCACCCAAGCAGCUCCUUCCCUCCACUGCCAUAAAGGUCUAGAAACUGGUUUGCUCUGUUAUGAACUAAGGGGCCUUUCUGAUGCUUGCCUUGAAUGGAGGGGAGGACAAGAGGAUCCUAGCUCUAUUGGAUUAGGGAUUGCUUCAUUUCGCCUUAGGAUUCCAUUCUGCAGGAAGUAGGACCAGACCCUGCACUUGGAGGACAGCUAGAGAGAGAAGAGAGAUAUGGGUCUGGCUCAGGAAACCACCUGAGGGAGGGCCUGGCAGCAGCUGGAACUGGGCGCCCAGACUCACGUUGUGGAAUGGGCUUUAGUGACCUUCCCCUUUCUCUCUCCCUCCAAAGAUAUGACUGGUCUGGCGAGUUAAAGGAUAGAGUAUGACCUGACGGGGAACAUCUCCUCCGUUUAAACUAGAGAAGGCAGAGUGAAGGGUCUCUUUCCUCCUUUUCCAACCAAUCCCAUUUUGUCCUGUGGAUUUUGAGUCAGGGGCAGGAUGGGGCAUUGAAUUCCCCAUACCCAACAAUUAGAACUUCACUGCCAAUGGCCUUGGUAUCUCUUGGAUUGGGGCCAGAGAGUUGGCUGGCCUGCUUCGGGGAUGGGGAGCAGGAACCCACCUCUGCCGGCAUCCUGUAGACCCCCACCCAUCCCUGGUACCCCACUGGGAAGGACAAGAUGGAGCACGCUGCUCCACCUAGUAAUAAUAAUGUUGAUAAAUUCUAAUAAACUUUGGUCUGGUGUGAUCCA